GAAAAGCCUGUUUUCAGUUGAUAGUUGGCUUCCGAUGUGAGACGACGAAGAAAGUGUUGGCAAAUCGGGGUCACCGUAUUAAGUUAUCGCGCAUUUGAGGCCGCAUCUGGCCAAAUAUCAAUAAAGUUAACUCUCUUAAUCGGCCGUCAACAGCUAGACAAAGCCGCCCUCUUCGAUCUCCGCCAGCGCCGCUCUUUCUUCCACUUAUCAGGCCCCAAAAAUCAACUUGGUUGAUAAGCAGCUGCCCUUAGUUCGACCAGAACACUUCCUAUCCGGAUCUGCUGCGGAAUGGAGCCCCUCCGGAUAUUGUUGAUCGCCCUCGCGCUGGCUCUGGCCCAGGGUUCCGGCCCCGGGACUGGAGGAUCGCGUCCAGUGCGCACUGUGGAAACACUGACGCAGUGGCGCCAGCUGGAGUACGGCUUUCCCACGGCCCAGGAUCGGGAGAAUGCCCAGUCGGCGGGAAACCUGGUGCCGGAGAAUGGCACGCCCAUCGACGUCCAGGCGCAGUAUAUGGCCAAUGGCAAGACCAGGCUGUUCACCACCAUUCCACGGUUUGUCACCGGCAUACCCUAUACACUGGCCACCGUCUCCGAGACGCAGGCCAGGAAUGGUCCUCUCCUGCAGCCGUAUCCCAGCUACUCCUGGCACAAUGGCAACGGCGAGAACUGCGAUCUGAUUACCUCCGCCUUCCGUGUGGCUAUAACCGAAUGCAACCAGAUGUGGGUCAUCGAUUCGGGUGUAAUCGGCACCACCCAGCAUUGUCCGCCGCAGUUGCUGCAGUUCGACCUGAGUACCGAUCGCCUGCUGCACCGCUACCGCUUCCCGAACACCACCUACAUCCCAAGUGGCUCCCUCUUCAUCACGGCCAAUGUUCUGGUGCAGGAUCCUCCGCCCAGGGGCUCUUGCAGUCGCACCAUGAUCUACGUGGCCGAUGUGAGCUAUCAUGGCCUGGUGGUUUACGAUCACCAGGCGCAGACCUCGUGGCGGGCAGAGAACCGCUUUAUGUAUCCCGAUCCGGACUACGGCCAGCACACUAUUGCCGGCGAGAGCUUCAAUCUGAUGGACGGCAUGUUUGCCCUAAACAACGACAAGCGCAAUCUGUACUUCCACCCGUUGGCCAGUGUCAGUGAGUAUUCCGUGCCGCUGAGUGCUCUGAAUCGGCAUGAGAACUGGGCCAAUGGACCGGAAGCGAUGCCGGAGCAGUUCACCCUGCUGGGCAGGCGGAGGAGCGAGUGCGCCGCAUCCGCUAUGGAUGGCAGGGACAACGUCUACUGCGUCACCUUCAAUCCCAUCAAGCUUUUUGUCUGGAACGUGAACACGCCGUAUAAUUCACGCAGUUUCGGCAAUUUGCCGGCCAAAUCUAGUGAGCUGCAGUUUGUCAGCGGCAUGAAGGUGGUCCGCACCCCGGAUGGUCAGGAGGAACUCUGGAUGCUCUCCAAUCGCUUUCAGAAAAUCUCCGCCGGUACAGUGAAAUCCAGUGAGGUUAACUUCCGCAUUUUGCGACGCAAGUUGGAUGAUGUUCAAGGAGGAGUUUUCUUUUCAAACGACGACGAUCUUUCCAAUCGUCUGGUGUUUAACUAGUGAUUAACUUAACCAACUAAACUAAUGUAUGUAAAUA